UGCGUGCGCGUGCUUGCGUGCGCGUGAGUCAGUGAGUGCGUGCGUGCGCGUGCGUGCUUGCGUGCGCGCGCCACCGCGGUGCGGGGUGGGAGAAUCUAAAUCCCUGAGUCACUUGUUCGCCGACGACGAUAUUUGAAGCGGAGUGGCCGAUUAUAAAAUUUUUAUUUUAAUUUAUUUUAAAACAAAAGCAACGCUCUGUCUCCAAGCAUGGCCACGGGCGGAGUUGAUGUGUCGACGGCAAUCUUGAAGCAGAAGCAGAGGCCCAACCGCCUGGUGGUGGACGAGGCCAUCAAUGAGGACAACAGCGUGGUGUCGCUGUCUCAGCCCAAGAUGGACGAGCUGCAGCUGUUCCGCGGGGACACCGUGAUGCUGAAGGGCAAGAAGCGGCGCGAGACGGUGUGCAUCGUGCUCUCCGACGACACGUGCUCUGACGAGAAGAUCCGCAUGAACCGCGUCGUGCGCAACAACCUGCGCGUGCGUCUGGGCGAUGUGGUCAGCAUCCAGGCCUGCCCGGACGUCAAGUACGGCAAGCGAGUGCACGUGCUGCCCAUUGACGACACGGUGGAGGGCAUCACGGGAAACCUGUUUGAGGUCUACCUCAAGCCGUACUUCCUGGAGGCUUACCGGCCUGUACGCAAAGGAGACAUUUUCCUCGUUCGAGGCGGGAUGCGUGCGGUGGAGUUCAAGGUGGUGGAGACAGACCCGAGCCCUUUCUGCAUCGUAGCGCCGGACACUGUGAUCCACUGUGAGGGCGAGCCCAUCAAUAGGGAGGAGGAGGAGGAGGCAUUGAACGAGAUCGGCUAUGACGACAUCGGAGGGUGCCGGCGGCAGCUGGCGCAGAUCAAGGAGAUGGUGGAGCUGCCCCUGAGGCACCCGGCACUCUUCAAGGCCAUUGGCGUCAAGCCGCCCCGCGGUAUUCUGCUGUACGGGCCUCCUGGCACCGGCAAAACCCUCAUCGCCCGUGCCGUCGCCAACGAGACUGGGGCCUUUUUCUUCCUGAUUAACGGUCCCGAAAUCAUGAGCAAGCUGGCGGGUGAGUCGGAGAGUAACCUGCGCAAGGCCUUCGAGGAGGCCGAGAAGAACGCUCCGGCCAUCAUCUUCAUUGACGAGCUCGACGCCAUCGCGCCCAAGCGAGAGAAGACUCACGGGGAGGUUGAGCGGCGCAUCGUGUCUCAGCUGCUCACGCUCAUGGACGGCCUCAAGCAGCGCACCCACGUGGUCGUCAUGGCAGCGACGAACCGGCCCAACAGCAUCGACCCCGCGCUGCGCCGCUUCGGCCGCUUUGACCGAGAGGUCGACAUCGGCAUCCCGGACUCGACGGGGCGACUGGAGAUCUUGCAGAUCCACACCAAGAACAUGAAGCUGUCGGUAGACGUGGACCUCGAGCAGAUCGCGAACCAGACGCACGGCCACGUGGGCGCCGACCUGGCGGCGCUGUGCUCAGAGGCCGCGCUGCAGGCGAUCCGCAAGAAGAUGGACGUCAUCGACCUGGACGACGAAACCAUCGACGCCGAGAUCAUGAACUCCCUCGCCGUCACCAUGGACGACUUCCGGUGGGCCCUGGCCCAGAGCAACCCAUCAGCACUGCGCGAGAUGGUGGUGGAGGUGCCCAACGUGACGUGGGAGGACAUCGGUGGCUUGGAGAGCGUCAAGAGGGAGCUGCAGGAGCUGGUGCAGUACCCCGUGGAGCACCCGGAGAAGUUCCUCAAGUUCGGGAUGACGCCCUCCAAGGGCGUGCUGUUCUACGGCCCGCCGGGCUGCGGCAAGACGCUGCUGGCCAAGGCCAUCGCCAACGAGUGCCAGGCCAACUUCAUCUCCAUCAAGGGGCCCGAGCUGCUCACCAUGUGGUUCGGCGAGUCGGAGGCCAACGUGCGCGACGUCUUCGACAAGGCGCGUCAGGCGUCGCCCACGGUCCUCUUCCUCGACGAGCUCGACUCGAUCGCGAAGGCGCGCGGAGGCGGCGUCGGGGACGGUGGCGGAGCGGCCGACCGCGUCAUCAACCAGAUCCUCACCGAGAUGGACGGCAUGGGCGUCAACAAGAACGUCUUCAUCAUCGGGGCCACCAACCGGCCCGACAUCAUCGACCCCGCCAUCCUGCGCCCGGGACGCUUGGAUCAGCUGAUCUACAUCCCCUUGCCAGACGAAAAGUCUCGCACCGCCAUCCUCAAGGCCAACCUGCGCAAGUCGCCCAUCGCAAAGGAUGUGGACAUCGGCUACCUCUCCAAGACUACCAACGGCUUCUCGGGCGCCGACCUCAUGGAGAUCUGCCAGCGCGCGUGCAAGCUCGCCAUUCGCGAGAGCAUCGAGGCCGAGAUGCGGCGCGAGCGUGAGCGGCAGGGCAACCCGGACGCCGCCAUGGACGUGGAGGACGAGGACCCCGUGCCCGAGAUCCGCCGCGACCAUUUCGAGGAGGCGAUGCGCUUUGCCCGCCGCUCCGUCUCCGACAACGACAUCCGCAAGUACGAGAUGUUCGCGCAGACGCUGCAGCAGAGCCGCGGAUUCGGCAGCUUCCGCUUUCCCGGCGGCCAGGGCGGCCCCGGCGGAGGCCAGGGCGGCGCCGGCGGCGCCGGUGGCGGCGGCGGCGGCGGCGGCGGCAGCGGCGGCAUGUACCAGGACGAUGGCGACGACGACCUCUACAGCUAGAGAUGGCGCAGCAGCGGCGGCAGCGGUAGUGCGGCGCACGACGGGACAGAUGGCUCGACGACGUUGACCUCCGGAGGCAGACGUGACGGGGUAGCGUACGGGCACACGGCGGCCCAACACGAGGACGACGAUUACUACGAUGCCCUCUCGCUAUCGAUCGGGUUGAGGGGUACCUACGGCCGGUGGGCAGUGCCCGGACCACCGCCCCCUCCCCCCAUAUCUUUAUGUUGAUGUCGCAAUGGCCGCAGCACACGCGAAACGGCCCGCAUGUUGGCCGCUCUGAUCGGGUACUGGAGGGGGGGGGGAAUCACUUUCAUCCUGGCAAACACUUUCUGAUUUUUACUGGGCCAAGUCAAUUCUUUCACUGGACGGGCUUCUUGCAUCGACAGAAGGUGACCGGAUCCUUGUGUGUGUGUGUGUGUUAACGUGUGGCUGCCAGUGGUGUCUGAAAUUCUAAUCAGGCACUCGGUAAGGGCAAGGUUCCUCCACCCCUGCUCUAGAGUGUGUCCAAUGACGUGCGCGGUGUAACAUACGAUGGGCACACACUGGGAUGACGACGACGAUGACGACGAUUAAGAUGUCCCUUGGCCACGAUGUGGAAUGGAAGUCCACCGACCGCGCGUUUCAUCGCGCGCGACAGACGUCACGAAGUCCCCCCCCCCCCAACCCCCACCCGGCCUCCCAUCGAUUUGUUCGGCUUACGAGAAUCGAUUCGUUUCCGCAGCGCGUUUUAUCGCCUCUCUCGUGUUUCUCAUCUUUAUUUCCGUCUUGUUCGUGUAGUUUUAAUUUCCGCCGUUAGCCUAAAUAUAGCAUUUGCAUAUCAUGUGCGCAGCUUAUGAUUUGUACAAAUCGGAAAGAAUCGAUCGUCGCUCUCGCGCCUCGGUGCCCUCAUCUCUCGACCUGAGCGCAAGAAUCUCAUUCGGCCGACGAAUCGAUACGUCGUUAAAUUGAUGACGGAUGCGCUUCCAACCCGGGGGACGACCACAAUGAUGCUCGCGAAGACGGCCUGCAGAGGGCACGCUACGGCGUGCGGUUGUCGUACACAACAACUAUUAAGGUGAGCCUCCGCCAGGAAAGUAGUGACCCCCUCCGGCUAUCGACGGGAUGCUGUGAUUUACAACGGCAUGCGCCAGCAUAUUAGAGAUGCAAGGAAUUGGCCCUCCGUCAGUAAUUCUGACAGGUGAUGUGUUUUAUUUCGAUGAUUGGUUGUCAUCGAUCUUAUUACUGAUCCCCGGGUUGAUGAGAUGUGAUGAGAAAUAGCGUGGCAGGAAAGGUGUCAGAACGUGCUGAUAUACAGUGAGGGAAAAAAGUAUUUGAUCCCCUUCUGAUUUUAUACGUUUGCCCACUGACAAAGAAAUGAUCAGUCUAUUAUUUUAAUGGUAGGUUUAUUUGAA